AUUGACGCAAAUAUCGCGCGCGAAGAGCGAGAGGACGAGAACGAUUUUGCCACAGAUUUCCCGGAUAACAAAUAUCUGACAGUAGAGUUUGUUAUGGAUCGGGAUGCUGAGUUGGCUAUGCAAGACAUCUGUGCGAAAGUGGAUAUACCUGGUUAUUACAGCAG